GGAAAGUGCUCUCACUUCCUCCACUUCCCAUACCGACUUCUCUCUCCAAAACCCCUCCCCUCUCUCUCCAUCUCCACCACAAACCCCGGUGAUCUCGGAGGCCUCGUCGUCCGGUCCUCGUCCUCUCCACCACGAUGAGCAGUAGCGCCGGCGGCGGCGCUGCCAGCGCCAGCGCCAGCUUCGAGCAGCACGCGAAGCGGCGUCCCCCGGCGUCGUCGGGGCCGUCGCAGCAGCAGCAGCAUCGGAAGCUGCUGAGGCUGUCGGUGCAGGACGACGACGUCGCUGCGGGCGUCGUGCCGCCGGUCACCGUGGUCCUGGACGGGCGCUGCAUCUGCCACCGCGUCCAUCUCAACCUGCACACCGGGUACCGCAGCCUCGCGGGCGCGCUCCGCCGCCUGUUCGUCGACACGGACGACGACCUCGGCGAGGACGGACUCGACCUCGCCAAUGCCAUCCCGGGCCACGUCGUGGCGUACGAGGACAUGGAGGACGACCUCCUCCUCGCCGGCGAUCUCAAGUGGAACGAUUUCGUUCGCGUGGCUAAAAGGAUCCGGAUUAUUCCUGUCAAGAAGACAAGCAGGACGAAGAAAUGCGGAGGAGGAGGUCUCGACAAUUGAUCGCUGCACUUUUAUAAAAAUAGCAUGUAAUUAGCAGCUAUCUACUCGAUAAACUGGGACACUUCUCGUUUACUUGUUCGUCUUGUGUUGUUAUUAAAGACCUAAAGCAAAAGAAUCAAGUCCGUG